GCGGACACGAUACAGGACUGUACAGUGAGUGCACGGACGGUGAUUCCGAGUGGAACUGGUCUCCGCCUUCGGAGUCAGAGGAUCUGCUUGGAAGUUCGCACCCCCGCUCGGAGAAACACUGUUAUGUUUUAUCCUCACAAAGCAGUUCCCCUCGUAUUUGCUCCGAGAUUUCACUGCACAGAUCCGUGAGCCUCGUGACAGAUAACUCGGCGACCUCAUCACGCACCACAGGCUUGCUGUCUAACAAUUUGUGGCUCCAUAUUUUGUUUGUUUGUUUGUUUUUUCUUUUUUUGUGUGUGUGUGUGGCUUCAUUGUGUAGUGCUGCUGUGCUAGGGUUAAGCUUGCUGCCCUUGUUGCUAUGCGACGUUCCAGUCCCGGUCGAGAUCCACACCGUUCCUUUAGUCAUUUUAGAUUCGUGUGAAAUGAGCGCUUAAUUCGCUUCUGUUGUUAACAGUGAGACAGCUUUAUUUGUUAGUCGGGUUGCUAACAAGUUUAGAAGAUGGCGCACAAGGCGGAUGACGAGUACGACUAUCUGUUCAAGGUGGUGUUGAUUGGAGAUUCUGGUGUCGGGAAGUCCAAUCUACUAUCCAGAUUUACGCGUAAUGAGUUCUGUCUGGAGUCCAAGUCGACCAUUGGUGUGGAGUUUGCUACUAGAUCUAUUCAGGUUGAUGGAAAGACGAUUAAAGCUCAGAUUUGGGACACAGCAGGACAGGAGAGGUACCGAGCCAUUACAAGUGCGUACUAUCGUGGAGCCGUCGGAGCUUUGCUGGUGUACGACAUUACAAAGCAUGUGACCUAUGAGAAUGUUGAAAGGUGGCUGAAGGAGCUCAGAGACCAUGCCGACUCCAACAUUGUUAUCAUGUUGGUGGGAAACAAAUCAGAUCUUAAGCAUCUGAGAGGUGUCCCCACCGAUGAUGCCCAAGCUUUUUCAGAGAAAGAGGGACUUUCUUUCAUAGAAACCUCAGCUUUGGAGUCCACAAACGUAGAGAAAGCAUUUCAGAGGAUUUUGACAGAGAUUUAUCGUAUUGUGAGCAAGAAAGCUUUGGCUUCUGAAGAGAGCACCACUGAGGGUCCAGGCCAAGGAACUAAUAUUGUCCCGCUAGACAGCAACUCCCCGGAUCUUAAGAAGAAGGGCUGCUGCGGAGCUUAAAAAUCUCUAUAGCUGGUGGUUUCGUUCACCAACGCCGUCUCAUGGCUUGUCUCAAUUAUGUAAAUCACUCUUUGAUGUAAUGAGGUUCUUACGUAAAAACAAACUGUAGCUUACGGAACUAGAAUUUUUUUAUACCUUGGGUAGACUACAAUGGAUAACUUCUCGCCAGUUAAUUGUAUAAGAUGCUGUGAGCAGUUGUCGUUGGACAAGUUGUAAUCUGCCGUUGUAUUGAUUUAGCGGUCUUUGUUACUGGUUUGAUCAGAACAAACUGAGGUGCAGUUUUGAGAGGCCAUGUUAGUCUUGAAGUUUACCACGGCCUCGGUCCAGACAUCAGGAUUAAUAUUGUUUAGAUUAAUCAAAUUUGUAUGCUAGGACAGAUUCCUGUCUAGAUAAUUGUUAAUGGAAAUGUUAAUUUGUUGUUUUCAGCAUGUUAAUUUCAGAGUGA